AUAUUAAAAUUAUUAUCAUCAUAUGAUAUAUGUAAAUUAAUAAUAAGAAAAUAUUAUAAUAAAAUAAUAAUAGGAAUUGUAUCAUCCCCAUUAACAUUAAAUAUAAAAACUUCUUCUCCUUUUAAUUAUGGUUUAUUUUGUGAAAAAAUAUUUGACUAUAUAAAAUAUUGUAAUAUAUGUAAAAAUAAUUAUUUUAAUAUAAAUAGAUUAGAUUGUAAUUAUUGUUGUUUUUGUAAUAAUAUAUUAAAAUAUAAUAAAUAUAGAAAAUAUAGGUUUGGUGCAAUAUUACUUAAUUUUCCAAUAUUAAUUAAUAAUAAAUUAUUAGAACUAUAUUUAUAUAAAAAUUAUAUAAAAAAUAUUAAAUAUAUUGUAUAUGAAAAUUCUGAAUUUAAUUAUACUAAUUCAGAGUUUAUAAUAAAAAAUUUUCUAAAUAAAAUUUCAAAAUUUAUAUUAUAUAAUAAUAAUUUUAUAACAUAUUUUAAUAAUAAAAAAUUAAUUUAUUAUUUAAAUAAUAAUUUAAUUAAAAAUAUAUUUAUAUUAUUAUUUCCUAUUACUCCUACUAAUACUAGAAAACUAUCUAAUAAUAAAUAUACAAUAAAUAAUAUAUAUAGUAAAUUAAUUGAAAUAAAUAAUAUAAUAAAUUAUAAAUAUAAUACUAAUUCUUAUAAUAUUAAUAAAUUAAUAAAUAUAUUUAAAUUAUAUAAAUUAAUUAAUAAUAUUAUAAGUAUUGAUAAAAAUUUUUUAAUAAAUAAAACAUCUUUAUUAAAUUUAAAAAAAAAAAAUGGAAUUUUAAAACAACAAUUACUUGGGUGUAGAUCUGAUUUUUCUAGUAGGACAGUAAUUAUUCCUGGUUCGGAUAUAAAUAUUAAUAAUAUUGGUAUACCUUUAAAUAUAGUAAAAUAUAUAUUAUCAGGUUAUCUAAUACAUAAUAAUAAUAAUAAAAUAACAACAAAUAAUUUUAAAAUACAAUUAAAUAAUAUAAUUAAAUAUAAUUAUAUAAUAGCAAAUAGACCUCCUACUUUACAUAAAAUGAAUAUACAAUCUUUCUCACCUAUAAUAAUUGAAAAUAAAGCUAUAAAAUUAUCUCCAUUAACAUGUUUAGGUUAUAAUGCAGAUUUUGAUGGUGAUCAAAUGUCGUUAUUUGCACCUUAUUAUAAAUCUAGUAAUAUAGAAUCUAAAAUAAAAUUAAGAUUUUUAUCAAAUAUUAUGUCACCAACAACAUUAAAAAAUUUAUCUAUCCCUACUCAAGGAAUAUUAGUUGGUUAUCUUAAUUUAGCUAUUAUACAUGAAAUUUAUUUUUAUAAAAAUUUAAAUAAUUAUUUUAAUUUAAAUUUAAUUGAUAUAUUAGAGACAUAUAAUAUAUACUGUAAUUCAUUAAAUUCUGAACAUAAAAUAUUUAUAAAAAUAAAAAAUAAAUUUGAACUUAUAACAAUAAAUAGAUCUAUUAUAAAAUUUAAUAAUACUAUAUUUAAUUUAUAUUAA